CCUGCCAAUUUUUUUCCUGUACCAUUACUUUCAGUAUUUCCAAUAUUUUAGUCAUCUGAUACGCUUUACUGGAAAGUGAUUUGCAGAAUUGGGUAGGACGCUUUUUUUUAAGAGUUCGGACACCUUUCACUCCAACUUAUAAUAAAAGUUUAGACAGGAAGUUGAAAUGUUUUAGAGCACUGCUGUAGAUAACUGAUUCUACUGAGCAUCUAUUUUAGUAUCCAUAAUGUAACAUUCUUCGGGAAAGUAAAUAAUUUCAACUUCAGCUAAAUUUUUGUUCCAGUACCUAAGCAGCUGAUGAAGGAGAAUUCUACAAAUUUUAUGGAUCUUUCGCUACAUGAAUUAGACUACAAUAGUAGUACUACUGAAUAUUGUUUAUGUUUUUUCGACAAAUUAAUUUAAUUGGAAAAAUUAAACACUCUUGUGGAUUCUUAUUUCAUUUUUUGUCAUCAAAAGUUUUUAAAACUUAAUACUUUGCUGUACAAACUUACAAUGGAUCGGACUAUACUUGUUACGCUCUUCCUUAGUGUACUAAUGAUAUCAAAUUAUGCGUAUAUUCUGGAGCACCCACAGUCAAUGACACGGUUACAAGGAGAAACGGUUGUACUGAAUUGCCGUGUUAAUGAUACAAAGAAAUGUAGCAUUUAUUGGUACCGCGUUGACAGGCAGGAAUACAUUAGCGAGGGCUUAAAUGUUUUCACGAACGUUGGUAAAGGCAUUGAACAUUAUUCUAUAACCGGUAAUGUGAGCAAAGGGGAAUUUAAUUUGGAAAUACAAGAUUUAAGCGUGGACGAUGAUGGCAAGUAUAACUGUGGAUGUUACUCGCUGAUUACUCAAAAAUGGACGUACUCAAUAAUUGCACGUUUGACGAUAUUAGCACCACCAGAUGCGAACCAACCAACAUGUUUGACAACACCACCCCAGACCGAGAUCAUCAUAGGACAAAACAUCUCCUUUAUCUGCGAAUCGUUUGGGGGCAAGCCUGCUGCAAAAUUGGAAUGGACGUUAGGAAAUACAACAUUACCCGGUAUCUAUGAAGUUGGAGUAUUCCCCAAAAAUACGUACUACAGAACAAUCACUGCAGAAGACAAAGGUGCCGUAUUUGUAUGCAAAGCCACAAGUCCGGCAAUUAGGAAAGUAACAAUGUGCAAGAUUGGACCACUUCGCAUCCAACACCAUGCUGAGAUACGUAUUAAACCAAGGGAAGCGUUCACGUUAGAGGGCGGUAGUAUAAGCUUUACAUGUAGUCACCUGACAGACAAACCCCUAUCCUACAAGUCUGAAAUAUUUUGGAAAAUUAAUGGCAAUUCUGUUCUAACUGAUACCAGAGACAUCAAACUAAGUAUGAACCAUAAAACUAUUUAUAUAGGAAAUAUAAAAAAGUCGUUAGAUCUUGCGAGCGUACGCUGCGAACUUAAAACACCCUACCAAUUGCUGGCCUAUGCUGAGGCAAAGAUUAAUGUUAAAGAUAUUAAGAUACCUAGAAUGCUAGUGGGAACAAAGUUCCAAAGUACAGCUGCAACACCAACUGAAACCCCAGAGAACUCGUUUUUAUCCUUGGAUCCAAAUGAAAAAAGAGGUUUCUUUUUGGUGAUUCUACUCAAUGCUGGUGGGAUAGCCUUCCUUGCUCUAUUAAUAAUAGCUCUUUUCUGUACCCCAAAGAUCAUCAGAAAGUGUCGAACAAACCAGAAACAGUCGAUACCGUCAAUAAGUGGCAGUUCUAGAAGUAGCAGCAGUGGCUACCGGGAGGUCAAUUAUUCGCACCGCAAUCAGCAGGCUAGUAUAGUUAAUCACGAUGAGAUGGCACAUCUGUAUGCUGCUACUGAUGACCUAGAUAACAUUAGUAACCGUAACAGUUUAUUACACACACAUAACACCAGUCAACCAAACGCAACCUUGCACAUUGUCUUACACUCCUCAAAUGACAACAAUGAUCGCAAACCUAAUAAUGCUCUGAAGGUACCGGGCAAGACAGAAGAAUCUGAGAGCUUCUACAUGAUUCCCAAUGAUCCGCCGGUGCCGAAGUAUCCCGGAAGGUAUGAUACUCCUGCACCAAAAUACCCCGAAAGACUUGAUGUUCCAGCUCCGAAAUAUCCUGAAAGAUCUGAUGACCCAGCGCCAAAGUACCCAGAAAGAUCUGAUCUACCAGCCCCACAGUACCAACAAAGAUAUGAUCUUCCGGCACCAAAGUACCCGGGUAGAACAAAUAGCACAGCAUCUAGUAAAAAUCCCUUUUUACAUAAAGAUCAGUCUGCAUCUCAAACUAUGGGUACAAAGAAACAUAGAAGACACUCCACUGGGGAAAAGCUUAGAAAACCCAAACAAUACGCAAAUGUUGACUAUGAUAAUGAAGAUGAUCCCUUCCUUAUUAGUUAUUGAUAAUGAAACUUUUCUUAAUGUUAUAUUAAUGAUUAAAGUAUGGAAACUGUAUAGGAUAUGACAUAUUAAAACUAUGCAAUGUGAAAGGUGUGUGAAGUACUUAGAAGCAAAAUAGUAAAACUAUAUGACAGAAAUAGACUAGAGUAUAACUAGUGAAACUAGGAUCAGAACAGCAAAUGAAUUAGUAAUCGUAAGACGGGAUGUGUAUACUAAGUAAUAAAAGCACAGGAGAGAGUCUUCAUUGAGUUAAUCAGAAAUGUGUAAUAAGUUUAUUGGGUGAAGGUUAAUAUUGAUUAUAAUUGCACAGGUGCAAUUAAACAAUGGGAUAUAUUGAUACAUUUUAAAAGCAAAAUAUAUAAAAAUAAAAAAAAUGUAUACAAAUUAAAAAAAAUAUAUAAAAUAGAAAGAAAAAAAAUUAUAACCAGGAGCUGUGCUCCUUUAGGAACAAAUGGGAGGCAAGUGGCAUUAUGUAGCUUUAAAUAUCAUAUGAAUCUGGUUCUAUAGUAGAUUAAGUAGGCUAACAGGUGUCAAGAUUUGCAUAUGUAAAUUAGGUUAAAGUUUAUGCAAAUGAUUCCAUGAUACCUCAUAAAAAGUUUCUAUUAUGGUGUACAUUUUUAGGAUUAAAAAAAAAUAGUGUAAAUGUAAGGGGUGGAUAGGUAUUGGGGGUGACCUUGCCUACUUUGAAAUAUUAAAAUAGGAAGACCUUUAAAAA